GACAUUUUGGUUUUAAAAAAUGUUGAGAAAAUUAGAAUCGAGUGAAAAAAACACGAGUAGAGCAGUACAAGCCACAAGACAAUUGCGAAAGAAACGACGAAAAAUCAUGUAAAUUGCGCAUUUAUACCCCGACAGAAAAAGAAAAUCAAUUUCAGAAAUAAUUGAGGCUAGAAAGCAUUUACUAAAACACAAAUAUUCUUUGGGAGCCGCUCAGAAAGUGCGUUGAAAGUCAAAAUAUAUACAACCGAAGGGGGAAAUAAGGUGGUGUGAGGGAAAUAUUGCAAUUGAAACCAGUAGAGUAGAAAUAUUUUUGGAUUAAAUCAAUUAAAACCAUUUAAAGUAUUAAAUCCAUAUGUCAGAUUCGGAAUACAGUGAAACCUUGGAUGUGAAUGGCCAAGAUGAAAGUGAAGGCAAUGCAAUACACCUGCAACUAUUGCAGCAACAGCAAUAUCUGCAACAGCAGCAACAUCAAAACCAACAAAAUGUUAGCUAUAUGACCUAUGCCGGUUCGACAUCCUCCUCUUCCGGUGAGUCCAGUAUCUCCACCACCUCUUCCGAUGAAUCGGAUGCAGAGGACUCUGAAGAUACUUUGGAAUUGGCCAAGAUAACCACAGAGGUUCUAAACUUACCGCGCGGUUUGUGUGAAAAUGCAGCUAUAUUCAAAGAGUUUUUCUCCUUGUCCACAUGGCAGGAAUUACCUUUACCAGUGCAACAACAUUUACAACAAUUCCUGCCUCGUUUCCAACAACUGUUGCCACCACAAAUGGCCGCUGUAGAACAGUCUCGCACGAUUUCCAUGCUCUUUAAUAAUGAACUAACACGAUUUGGAACUUCACCUUUAACCAGUCUACAACAACAACUAGAAGUUGGCAACUGUAGACCUGAUAUCAUAAAAUUACGUCAAAAUAUUUUGAAAUCUCGUCGUAGAGAACAAAGAUUUCAACAUUGUGAACGUUUGUCACAAACUGCCAAACAAUUGUUUCUCUCCCGCCAAAGACUAUUGGAUACGGCCUAUAAAUCUUCACCGGAUUCGUUUAUAAAACCGGCUGCUGUCAAAGGCUUUAUAACACAAAAUAAACAACAGCCUAAACCCUCACAUCUAUUCGCCGACAACAAACUAUCGGCCAUGCGUGCUCGAAAACGUUUUUAUAGUGAAAUUUCCCAAUUAGCACAGCAGUUGGGCUUAAAGGGUGAUGUUGUCUUAAGUGCCGAUGAGGAAGAUGAAGAUAGUGUGCUGGCGGAUGAAAUGAAGAAGGAACAGCUAUUACAACAGCGUGGUUUGGAAAAUGAAAAUGAGGCUGUUAAGACCUCCACAUCUUUGGCUGAUCGUUGUAUUUAUAGUACGGUAUUUAAGAAACAUCAGGAUAUUGAAGAUGAAGAGGCAUGUCGUCUACAGCAGAAAUCUAAACAGUCGAAAUUAACCAAUCGCAACUUUAGAGAUUAUUUAAGGGAACAUAAGCGCAGGAAAAUAACAGAACCGACCCUUCCCGAAUUUGAAACAUCUGAUAUACGUUUAAGAGAUGUUUGUGCUCGUGCUCAAAUGGGUGGCAAUUUCAAACGUAUGUUUGCCUUUGGUAAGACUCCAGGACGUAAACCAAAAAUAACGCCAACAACCUUAACAACAACAGCACCGACACCAGCUACGUUCUCGAGCACCACAACAUCAUCAACAAUAUUAGCCACAAAUGUUACAACUACCACCAACACAACAACAACUGCAAUUACACAACCUAUAACUCUGACAUCACUACCACCGCCACCGCUGCCACCACCAAAACUAAGUGAACCUCCAGCAUUAGUACCCAUACAACCAAUGCUUAAAAAAUCCGAGACAUAUCAAAUUGCAACAAAAUCGCCAACAAAAGAAUACCAUCUUCAGCAGCAACAGCUUCAACAAUAUACUAUAACCCAACAACAACAUUCCUUGGUUCACACCCAUGCUGCUGGUUUAAAUAGUAACACUACUAAUGACUCUCUUAAUAUAUCCCAAUUAAUGUCGGUAACAAAUCAUGCAGAUAAUCUUAAUUUAUGCAUGGAUGAUUCUUCUCUAUUAACGGCCGAUCACGAUGCCUUUAAUAUGCUUGAUAGUGAAGUGGAAUUACAACAGGAAGAAGUAGAAACAUUUGGUGGAACUUGUGAGGAAACUAUACCCGCUUUUGUUAUAGGCAACGAUGUAAUCAUGCCUUCAGCCAGUGACAACGCUGCCAAUGACAAGGCCAACAGUUUGUUAGCAUUUAACAAAUCACAGCAUCAACCUUCACAGCAAAUGGAAAAUGUUGUGGUUACACAGCCGGUGCCCAAAUUAGAACCAAUUUCGCGAACAUCUCUUAUAACCACUAAAGCAACUACAACAGCCACAUUGGGACCAACUGUAACAGCUCCUACUGUUAGUGAAUUGAUACAGGAGACACAUGCUUGUUAUUUCUCUUUAAUACGCGAUUUUUUCUGUUCCACACCCAAUCAUCGCAUGCGUUAUGAUGACUUGCGACAUAAAAUUGAUGUAUGGCUGCGUAAUCCCAUUACCGCUUUAAAUGAAUGGUAUUCUUUGGCCGACAACUGGUCUAAUCUUUUAAAAUCGGCUAUUAAUUUUCUAGUCGGUGAAUUUCCCGAUCUACCAGAUGAAUAUGUACCCUAUAUAGAGCACAAGGUGCAGUUAAACAUCUACCAAUGGAUAGGAGCUGGACGAGACUCAGAUAAUAGACUUACUGAACUGUGUACUUUAUGGAUGGAGAAACGUAAACAACCCAGCGAUAAACAGACAAACAGUUUAACACAAACAGAAUUGAAAUUGGAAAUUUGCCCUCGAAGCUCUGUGGAAAUGGAUGAUUCAGGCGAGGCAGGCAGUGAUAAUGGGGGAAGCUUAACACCGCCACCACCACCACCCAGAUGUCCCACCAAUUGGGCGGUGAGAGCAGCUACUUUAGAGGAAAUUGCCGAAUUUCAAAGACAGGAACGAGAGAGAUUCGAACAACCCCAUAAAGCCUAUACUUAUCGCAUGUAUGGCUAUGAAAGUGUGGUGGGUCCGGUCAAGGGGAUCUACACACCCUUAUUGGCACUCAGUAAGGCUCGUGGUCAUAGUAUGAUGGUGGGUGAUCGUCCUAACUUUGUUACCAUUUUAACUUUGGUAAGAGAUGCCACUGCUCGUUUACCUAACGGUGAGGGUACUCGAGCAGAAAUAUCCGAACUACUUAAAUGUUCACAAUACAUUAAUCGUGAUGCUUCCGAGAAUGUAUUACAAACUAUUGUUAGUGGAGCUUUGGAUCGCAUGCAUACCGAACAUGAUCCCUGUGUACGCUACGAUCCUAAACGUAAAAUAUGGAUUUAUUUGCAUCGUAAUCGUUCGGAAGAAGAAUUUGAGCGCAUACAUCAAGAAAAUCAAACUAUAGGCAAAACAAAAAAAUUGCCUCAAAGAAAACCAAAACCAUUAAGUCAUACUUCAGCAGCCAGCGGCACCGGCAAACCGUCUUCUACUUUAGAUAAUGAUAAUUUUAACAGCUCUGAGACCAGCAAUGUUAGCAGUAAGGUUACUGGUUCUUUAAUAUCCAUGCCAGCUUUAGUACCAUCAAAUCCCAUUAUUGUCAGCAAUAAUAGUGUAGUGCAACGACAGCAACAGGUUUUGCAACAGCAGUUAAUAAACAGUAACAAAUGUCCACCGGUGCCUCCAUUGAAAUAUAAUAUACCAAUGUCUUCGUCAGCAAAUAGUACACAACAGCAAAAAUCCUUAUUAAAAACCACCAUUAGAACAGACAAUAAAACUUUAAAUACCAGCAAUAACAACAGCUCGAGUAGCAGCAGCAGUAAUCUACUCAAACAGCACAGUUUUCAAAUGCCACCAAAUAAAAAUCAUCCUAAUCAAAAUACCACCCCCAUAAUAGUUGCCACACCGCAAGGUCUGCAAACUGUUCAUGUAUCAAAUGCCACCUCGGUUAUGCCGGCUCCUCAAAACACAAACAACCAGACAUCCCAACAGCCAACUAACACUGCUCACCAGCAACAACAACAUAACACUAAUUUAACCGCCAAUUUAGCCGGCAAACGUGUUACUCUUAAUAAACCCAUCAUUAUAAAUCAAGUAACAACAUCAGCCACAACCUCCUCACCCUCUACAAACUCCUCUCCUGCCAACACAAUUAAAAAAUCUCCGCAACAAAUUAUACAGAAAACGCAAUUAAUACAAAACCGCAUAACACUACAAACAAAUCAACAUCAAAUGUUAACCCAACAACAACAACAAUCGAAUCUUAUUAUACCCCUAUCAAUGGCCAACAAUAUGUCACUUAAUGUUCAAUCAACAUCUAAUGUUACAGAUCCUCCUUCUCAAACUGUUAAUAGCUUGCCAGCGUCAGCUUCCCUGAGUAAUAAACAAAAUAUUAUACGCUUAGUUCCUGCUUCAAAUGUUAAAUCACUUAUGUCGGCACAAUCUCCCACCACCCAAGUUGUUAAUAGACAAAGAAUUGUUACUACACCAACAACAGAACGUCCAACUACUCCACAACAUCAGCAGCAGCAACAAAAAUCUCAUUCUAACACUAGUGGUUUUCAAUUACUCUCUAAUACUGGCAAUUUGAUUACUGUUAGUGGAACAGUUACAAAUCCAGCUGGUUCUAUUGUGAAAAUGUCACCGCAACAAUUUGCUGCUCUACAGCAGAAACAAGGUCAACAGCAGCAACAUAUUAUUGUUAAACAGACGGGCGUUACGAAAACUCAAACAGCAGUGGCGGCGGGCACUAAACCUCAAAGAGUUAUUUUGGGCAACACUUCUAUUGUGGGUCAAACGGGUCAAGGUAAAAGUAUUGUCCUGCAACAAAUACCAGUGGCUUCAUCUUCAGUUGUGGUAACACCCUCCCAAGCGACUACUGUUUCAUCGGCUACAACAACCAUAAGCGGCAAUAAAAUACAAACUAUAAAUGCCAAAAAUUUAACACCACAACAACAACGUAUUCUAAUACAAAAUCUUAAACAACAACAGCAGCAGCAAACUAUAAAUCAAAAUCAAAUCCAAUUUAAAACCGUUCAGGUGGUGGGAAAUACUUCCGCUAACCAGACAAACUUAACCGGUAGAGUUCAAACCGUUACUCAACACAAUAAUCCUAAAACUUCAGUUGUGGUGGUCUCACAAGAUAAUGCAACCGUACAACAGCAAAAUAUAACAAGAAUACUAAAAACCACAAGCCAACAAAUAAAGUCCGACAUAACGGGAGCAACUGGAGCUGGUACCCGCGUUAUAACUAGUUCUAGUGGACAAAUAAUAUCUUUAGAUAAUUUAAUACAAAAACAAGGAGGAACAUUACGUAUUACUGGCACCGGCAAUAAUACACAAACUAUUAAAACUAAUCAACAACACUUAACAGCAAAUGUGAUGCAAAAAUCUCAACAGCAACAAGUGAAGCAACAGCAACCCCAACAGUAUACUAUUGUUUCAGUACCGAAUAGUAUUAUAUCCCUGGGCAGUAAUUCAAAUUUUACAGUGGGCCAAAGAAUUAUCACAACACAGGCUGGUUCUAGCAAUACCAGCACUUUGGUAAAUCUAGACUCUACGAAAGUAACACCGUCUGUUGUAUCAACAGGUACCGGACGUGUUAUAACUGCAACAGCAGCUGGUACUAAAAUUAUUACAAAACAAACACCCGCCACCUCAACUUCAACUGGUAAUAUACGUCUUAUUAAUACUGUCAAUCAAACGGCCAACAUCAAUUUGGCCACUUUACAAGGUAAACAAGUGGUCUUAACAACUGGCAAGGCGUUAAAUACUAUUAGCAAGGCUCAGUCACAGCAGCAGCAGCAAAAUGUGGUACAAACCCAACAGGGCAGCAUUGUUAUUGGUGGGCAAACGGUUAAAUUGCAGCAAGGAAGUACAAACAUACAACAAUUGCUGCAGAAAAGUGGCGGCAAUAUCAUUAGCAGUCAAAAUUCUUCAACAAAUCUCACAGGAACAACAACAACAACACCACAUUUACAAACCGUUAUAAUGGGUAAUCAAAUCUUAAGAGUACAACAAUUACCACAAAUUGUCUCAACAGCAAAUCGUAUAAAUGUGUCGAAUGCAAAAACUCUAAGCAAUAACAUGGAUAAUAGUUUAACGACCACAAACUCCAAUACGCCAAAAACAAUAUUUGUCGGUUCGACAGGACAAACAUUAAGACUACAGCCAGCCUCCUCACAAACACAAAACAUAACAAAUAAAAACAUAAUUGUACAAACGCAGCAACAGAAUUCAACAAAUAAAACUGCUGCCACCAGUAGUGGUAAUACAACCACACCGAAUCGCGUCGUUUUAGCCGUACAAGGUGGUGGUCAAAUAUUUUUAUCGCCUAAUUUUCAAGGUGGUAAUAUUAAUCUUAAGUCAUUGCAAAAUAUGAAAGUGGUAUCAUUGGCUCAACAUCCCAAUGCAAAACUUAAAGAUUCUUCAACUGUAACCAAUACUUCAUCAUCAUUAGCAUCAUCGUCGUCGGCCUCAACGUUGACAGCUCAACCUACACAGAACAUUUUAAAAACUACAUCCACACCCUCUACUAGUGAUACAAAUAAAAUCUAUGAAAAAAAAACAUCCACCAACGAUCUGGUCUGUCAUAAUACAAAUGAUGCUAAGAAAACUAUUGAGGAAAACAAGGAAAAUUCUUUAAAAGAUAAAAAUUCCAUACAAAACGAUAUCACCACAACAACAGCAGCAAAUAAAGGUAGCAAAUUGAAUACAAAUAAAACUGAGGAAGAGGUAUUGGAGGAUGAAAACAGUAACGACAGCAGCACAAGUAACGACACAAAAGCCACCACCAGCUCAACAAACAAUUCCUCCAGUACCUCAACAUCUAAAGAUACUACAAAGAGUAAAACUUCAUCAUUAGCAACGGACCAGUCAGCAUCUAAUAAAGAAGAAAAUAAAGAAGAAAAAACCAAUAAGCCAGAAGAACCACAAUUCCGCGUUGCCUCCAAUAAUAAUACGGGUUUUAAAUUACGUAUAGUACCUUUAGAGAAAUUACUCGAAAAGCCUAGAGAAAACGAAAUAACUAAGGAAAAGAAACGCUCUAAUUCUCCUGAGCUAAAAAAGAAAGUGGAAAAAACUGAAAGAUCUACUAGAUCCGCCAAACUUCCGGUAGAUAAAGCGGUUAGACGUUUACCCGAACGAUCACGUAAACCAGUAUCUUUUGUAGAAAUCUCAGAAAGUGAAUCAGAGGAACUAGAUUCCGUUAAAGAAGGCAAAAGUGAGUCGGAUUCCUCAGAAGAAGAGAUACGACCGCCUGUAAAAAGAUCAUCUAAAAAAGAAACUGUUGUUAAACGCCAAACCUUAGCCCGCCCACCAUCUCCUUCUAGCGUUAGGCGUUGUGUAGUGAAACUAAAACGUUGCACAUUAGCCGAUUUCAAGAAUCUUAAAUCGAAACACAACAAAAAAGCUAAAAUGAAUGGUGGCACCGAGAAGCCUUCGACCUCGGCUGCACGACGAAAACGUAUUUCAUCUGACAAUGAUGAUUCUGAUUUUGAAUUAAAACAAAGCGAUUCUGAUGAUCGCAUCUCAGGCCCUGAAGACAAUCCCGAGGAGCCAGAGAGCCAAAGGGACAGUAGCGAUAGUGAGGUAAUACCUACACGCAAAAGACGUGUAUUCCAAAAAGGUAAAAAUUCGGAUAAUUCCGAUGAGGAUUUCGAACCUGACAACAAGAAAUCUAAAAAGAAACGACGACGAAUUCGUAAAAAUUCCAGCGAUGAGUCAGAAGAUGAUGAUGACGAUGAUGAUGAUGGAAAAAAGGACAAAGGCAAACGUAAAGACAUACGUAAAAUUAUAAAAACUUCCGAACUUAAUAUAAGCACCAAAACCGCUACCAAGGAAGAGGAAGAACGUCGCAAACGUAUCGAGGAACGUCAAAAAUUGUAUAAUCAAAUCUAUGAGAAACCCGAAAGUGUGGAGGUAACCGAACUGGUUUUAGAUUUUGAUCCCGAAUCCAAGAAAACUUUACUAGAGGUGGACAAGGGUCUAAUGAAAAAACUUAAACCCCAUCAGGUUACAGGCGUCAAAUUUAUGUGGGAUGCUUGUUUUGAGACUAUAGAAGAUGCCCAAGAAAAACCUGGUUCGGGUUGUAUUUUGGCCCAUUGCAUGGGUCUAGGUAAAACUUGUCAAAUUGUCACUUUGUCUCACACUUUACUGGCGAAUUCCAAUAAAACCAAUGUCGAGCGUGUACUCAUCAUUUCCCCCCUAAGUACUCUCAAUAAUUGGGCUCGCGAAUUUAAAUAUUGGAUGGGUUUUACUCGUAAACGCAACAUUGAAAUCUACGACAUGUCCAAGUAUAAAGAUAAAAAUACCAGAAUUUUCAAAUUAAAUGAAUGGUUCGAGGAAGGCGGUGUCUGUAUUAUGGGUUACGAUAUGUAUCGUAUAUUAACCAAUGAAAAGGCCAAGGGUUUGCGCAAGAAACAACGUGAACAAUUACAACAGUCGCUGGUGGAACCGGGACCCGAUCUAGUGGUCUGUGAUGAGGGUCAUUUGCUAAAGAAUGAAAAGACUUCGAUUAGUAAAGCUGUAACACGUAUGCGCACUAUGCGACGUAUUGUAUUGACCGGUACUCCACUACAAAAUAAUCUCAAGGAAUACUAUUGUAUGAUACAAUUUAUCAAACCCAAUCUCUUGGGUACUUAUAAGGAAUAUCUCAACCGUUUUGUUAACCCCAUAAUGAAUGGUCAAUAUACAGACUCCACAGAACGUGAUAUACGUUUAAUGAAGCACCGUUCUCAUAUCUUGCAUCAACUGUUGCAGGGCUGUAUACAACGACGAGAUUAUUCGGUGCUGGCACCGUAUCUACCACCCAAACAUGAAUAUGUCGUCUAUACCACAUUGUCUACACUGCAGCAACUAUUGUAUGAACAUUAUAUGACACACCAACGUGAUAUUGGCAGUUCCAUAUCCGAGGGGAAAGGAGCUCGACUUUUCCAAGAUUUUCAAGAAUUAAGACGCAUAUGGACACAUCCCAUGAAUAUGCGCAUUAACAGUGAUUCAGUUAUUCGCAAAAAAGUAUUAGCUAAUGAUAAUGAUUCAUUGGACGAUUUCAUUGAUGACAAUGAUGAUGACGAAGAAGAAGCGGCUGGUGGCGGUGGUUCUUCCUCAGACACAUCAGUAGAUUCGUCAAAAUCAUUUGGUAGUGGUGGUGGUGGAGGAGGUGGUGCUGGUGCCUCAUCUAAGUCUCGCAAGACUAGAAAUUAUCGUCGUAAUAAUGCUGGCGAUGAAAAUGACAGUGAUAUAGAGGAAGUGGCACCGGUACAGCAAGAUGAUCCAUCUGAGUGGUGGAAACGUUUUGUGGCCGAUAAGGAACUUAAUAAUAUCAAUCAUUCCCCCAAAUUGGUUAUACUAAUGAAACUAUUACAACAAUGUGAACAAAUUGGCGACAAACUAUUGGUUUUCUCACAAUCGCUGCAGAGUUUGGACACAAUUGAACAUUUUCUAUCGUUGAUUGAUAGUAAAACUAGAGGUUAUGAAUAUGAAGGUGAUGUCGGCGAUUUCACUGGCUUUUGGAGUUCCGGUACCGAUUACUUUCGCUUAGACGGCUCAUGUUCGGUGGAGCAACGUGAAUCCAUGUGCAAGAAAUUCAAUGAUCCGACCAACUUAAGAGCUCGUCUAUUUCUAAUUUCAACACGAGCCGGCGGUUUGGGAAUCAAUUUGGUUUCUGCCAAUCGUGUAGUUAUAUUCGAUGUCUCCUGGAAUCCUUCACACGACACCCAAAGUAUUUUCCGUGUUUAUCGUUUUGGCCAAGUGAAACCUUGCUACAUAUAUCGUCUCAUUGCAAUGGGCACCAUGGAACAGAAGUUAUACGAACGUCAAGUAGCUAAACAGGCUACGGCCAAGCGGGUUAUUGAUGAACAGCAAAUAUCGCGUCAUUAUAACCAAUCGGAUUUACAGGAACUCUACACAUAUGAAUUGGAACCUAGUAUGCCACGAGAAAUACCACUUUUGCCCAAGGAUCGUUUGUUUGCCGAACUAUUGUCGGAACAUGAAAAAUUACUGUUCAAAUAUCACGAACAUGACUCUUUGCUCGAAAAUGAAGAAAGUGAAAAUCUUAGCGAAUCGGAACGUAAAGAGGCCUGGUCUGAAUUCGAAGCUGAGAAGACACGUACCGUACAGACCGCACAGUUUAUGUCUUAUGAUCGUAGCGCCUAUGGCGGCCAAUAUGGCAAUGCCUCGGGUAGUGUUACUUCCAAUAAAAUAUUCGGUUUUCGUUCGGAUGUACUACUACAAUUGCUUAACAUGAAAAUUGCUAAGGAUCAUCCUGAAAUGACACAAAAUCAAGUUAUACAAGUAGUACCAACAUAUUUGAAUACAUUGUACAGCCAAAUGAACAAUGGGGAUCCUACUAUGUAUAAGGAUCUUUUGUCAUUGCAUGCUACUCUGGCCCAUCCGAGUGGCAUGUACAUGAAUCCGUUAUUAUAUGUUAAUCAAAAUCCACAGGCGGCUGGCUAUUUUCAGGGUCAGACAGCCAAUGGAGUUGUGGGUGGUAGUGGUGUAGGUGCUGGUCCUGGUGUGGGUGGUGUACAAAUUGUUCCCAAUCCAGCGGCUCAAGCUAUGGGUGCUGCCCCUCCAAGACCAGCACCUGGUUUCGAUCCGAAUGAGGUUUAUGAAAUUGAUUAAAUUAUAAUGUUGUAAUAUUAUCGUAACACAACAAUUAAUUUCCUCGACUUUCUAUAUCGUACACAUACACACACACAUACAUAUACAUACAAUACAUAUAUACUUUGUAGAUUAGGAGACUUUAUUAUUAUUAUUAUUUUUACUAUUAAUUUAGCCUUUGUUCUUUUUUUAAGAUUUUAGCUUUCUGUUUCAUUUUUUGUGUUAAAUUUUAUCUUUUUUUAGUUUUUUUUUUCCUCCUUUCCCGUUUUGCUUUAAAGGAAGUUUUAGAAAGUUUAUAUUUUUGUAAAUUAUUCUUUAAACUAAUGAUUGAUCUCCCCCAAAACACAGUUUUAAAAUUUGUUUAAAAUUCAAUUAAAACAAACAACCUCUACUUUUCUUACUCCUAAAACCCCUUUCCUUUACACAUUUUUUUAUACUUUCAUUUCCAAUUUGAUAAGUUGAUUUAGACGCUAUUUAACAAAAAAACAUUUAUUUUUUAUAUACAAUUAUUUUGUUUUUUAAAGAGAGCAGAGAUUAAAACUCUUUAAAUCAAAUUUAAGUUAAUUACUGUUUAUUGAAGCUAAAUAUACAUAAUU